CGCAGUGCUUCCUCAUCGAUAGUGCCUUGCCUUGCCCCGCCGUAUCAGCUGAUUCGGUCAUUGGAAUGCACGCAAAGUUCGCUGAACUCUCUCACCGCCUUGGUUGAUUUCUUGUGUACGGAGAGGAAAGCGGAAGAAUCGCACGCACGAUGGAAGCCACGGACCGACUUUGCAUCAUUCCUCCGAGCGAGUGGACUGAACUUCGUGAUCUCUAUCGCCUCAACUGGCCGGAACAUCAUGUGGCCUACGCAACGGUCGACAACUUCAUCCGGUGGUACGAAAAGGAUAGUGGCAUUAAAAAUCUCACCAUUUACUGUUUGAAUGGCAGCUGGCGAGAGGAUGGAACUUACUUAAUAGUGGAUCGCUAUCAACUGUUUGCAUACAGUCUGGAUCCAACGAACUGCGUACUGGAGAAAGCACUUCAUCUGCUUGACUGGAGCGGCGGGCUUAAAGUGAGCUCCUUACUUUCGCGCCAUCGAGCCCCAGUCAUCAAUGUGAUCACCGCUAAAGGUCUUGAGAAGGAGUACGACAGUGAAACGUUCCUGUACUACAUGCCGAAAGCGGAAUGCGAUGCACUGCAGCUGUCCGUGCCGGAGGGAUUUGAACUGAAAGCGCUAAGCGCGGAUGAUGCGUCCACAGCGAACGACGUCUGGCCCAACCGGCACCAGGGUUCGUUGUUCUUUUUGCAGCGGCUGGCCGCCUGGAACCCGAACGCCGGACUGUACGAGUGCGCUACGGGUAAAUUGGUGGCCUGGUGCUUCCGACUGCAGGCCGGUCCGCUCGGUGCACUGCAGGUUGACGAGGAGUAUAAGCGGCGAGGUUUUGGAACGGUGGUCGCCAUUGCGGUGGCCAAACAAAUCGCCAAUCUUGGGCAGGAUUGCUUUGCAUUGGUUAAUGCGGCGAAUGUACCGUCGAAGAAAAUGUUUGAGCGCAUUGGCUUUAAACACGACGGCGAAGCGUAUUGGGUGAGAACUUUACCGACUGUGGCAGGAGAAUGGAAGGAUUAGGAGGAAACUAGUUAUCACACGUAUAGGAGAAAAAAAAACACUCAUACAUGGUGAAAUGUGAUCUGAUUUUGUAAAACAUCUUUAAAAAUAUGUCCUUGAAAAUCAUAAAAAAUGGAAUAUAUAUAUAAAAUAAAAUAAAUGCAAAAAUACGUUAAAAUUGCGACAAUAA